AUGACCACCAAAACCCCCCUCCCCAUUGUCUUCGGAUCAAUGACAAUCGGCAAGCCAGGCACAGCGCACGUUCGAAUCAGCACCCCCAUCGAGACCAACGCCAUGCUGGACAUAUUCCAAAGCCACGGACACCACGAGAUCGACACCGCCCGGGUCUACGGCGGCGGUUCAACAGAACACUACCUCGCAGACGCCCACUGGCACGACCGCGGACUGGCAAUGGCCACAAAGCUAUACCCGACCCAACGACGAGACAUGAAGUGGCUCACGCCCGAGACCUGGACACACAGCGCGAGCGACAUCCGCGCCGGCCUAGCCACCAGUCUAAAAGCACUCAAUGCCCCAGAAACCGGCAUCGAGAUGUUCUACCUCCACGGCCCAGACAGACAAACGCCCAUUGAAGAAACCCUCGCCGAAGUCGACAAACUCUUCCGAGAAGGUCACUUCCGACGCUUCGGCAUCUCAAAUUUCCAAGCCUGGGAGGUGGCUCGAAUCUGCGAGAUCUGUGAACGUAACGGAUACAUCAAGCCAACUACAUACCAGGGGAUAUAUAAUGCGUACCAGCGAUCAAUUGAGGCGGAACUUCUCCCGUGUCUUCGACAUUACGGGAUUGGGUUGUAUGCGUUUCAGCCUUUGGCGGCGGGGUUCUUGACUUCGCGAUAUCGGAGGGAUCAGAAGAUGGAGGAGUAUGAGGUUGGGUCGAGGUUUGAUCCUAGGGUGAAGAGUAAUUUGAUGUAUCAUGAUCGGUAUUUGACGGAGAGGUCGUAUGAUGCUAUUGAGAUGUUGAGGCCGGUGGCGGGGAAGUUUGGUCAGACGGAGAGUGAGUGUGGGUUGAGAUGGAUGGUGCAUCAUAGUGCGUUGGGGAAAGAGUUCGGGGAUGCGUUGAUUAUUGGGGCGUCGAGUGAGGAUCAGUUGGAGAGGAAUUUGCGGGAUUUGGAAAAGGGUCCGUUGCCUGAGGAGGUGGUGAGGGCUUUGGAUGAGGGGUGGAGGGGGGUUUUGGGGACUUAUCGGUAUUGGCAUUAG